AUGUCAGUCGAGGUUCCCGGCACAGUCGCUCAGCUGUGGCCCCGGGGCUGCCUGCUUGCGGGUGCGCCUGUGCCGCUGGCUCUCGCAAGCGUUGAUCAACGAGAUGCAUUCAGUUACAACGCCUUAAAUGCCAAAAUCGCCCUGCACUUCAUCUACAAAACGACCAGUGCCAUAUCCGUCGCCGGCGACAUGAUCUCGGCUGAUCAUGGCGAGGCGGGCGGCCACGAGGAGCAUGCUGCCUUCGAGCAGAUUCCAUUGGCCCUAUUUGCAUCCAUCUACAAGCGCGUGGACUUGGACUUGUGGCGAUCGCGGCUGCGCUGUGCAAGCCGCCGCCUCUGCCGCCUCGUCGACGCCCAGUUACCCUCUCUGCGCCUCGACGCGCCGCGCCUCAUCGCCCUCGCGCCCUGCCUCGCGCGCCGCUUCCCGGCCGCCUCGACGCUACACUUUCGCCACGUGGAGAACGACGCAUUUGUCGACCUCGUGAGCGCUGUGGAGGCACUGCCGCACGGCGCGUGGCCGGCCGUCGAGCACCUGCGCUUUGCCCCCAACGACGCAACCGCCCCGCUGCUCGCGGCGCUCGCCCGCGCCUGCCCCUCCCUCUUGAGCACCCCGCACAUCUUUGACAAUUGCAGCGAAGCGAGCGCCGCGGCACUCGCGGCCGAGGCGCGCACCUCGGCCGCGCCCGGCGGGCCGUCGAAGGACAGCCCCGCGGCGCCCGCGGCUGCCGAUGACGGCGCUGAGCGCGCGCCUGCCCUGGGCGGGCCGCUAGUAGCAGCCGUCGGCGGCUCUGCAGCCGUGAGAUCCCGCGGGACUGCGGCGGCAGCAACAUGCCCGGCCCCUGACGCGGCCGCAGCUGCGGCGCCGGUAGCAGAUCCAAGCAAGAAAGGGGCCCGGCUUGAGGAGCUCAGGGCCUCCGUUUGCGUCACCCGUUGCCUCGAAGCCCUGGCCCCCACCGCCGCCACACUCUCCGACGUCUGCAUUGAGACCUGCACCGGCUGCUGCUGCGGCUCGGCCCCCCGCGCCCUGGCCGCCAGCCUGGCGCGCCUCGCGGCGCUGCGGAGCCUGACUUGGGCCGCCGACGCGGCCGGCGAGAGCGGCGGCAAACAAGCAUCCGCGGCCCUGGCCGCGCUGCGGGCCGCGCUGCCGCGGCUUGCCGGGUGCUUGACGGAGCUGACGUGGGCAUCGUGGGAGCCCGCUUCGGCCGUGGACGCUAUGCUCGAGGCGGGGCCGAUGCCGAGGCUCAGGCGACUCCUGCUGAGCCACGGCAAGACGCCCCGCAAUGUGGUGAGGCAGCAGCUGCUCGAGAAUCACCCCAGCCAGCGCGUCACCCUCUCCGCCAUCGCCGCCGCGGCCCCCGGCCUCGAGUACCUCAGUCUGGGACCCUCCAUCCACCUGGCCCAAGACGGCGACGGGCAGCUGCUCCCCAGCUGCCUGCCGGCCCUCACGCAGCUGCGCACCCACGCGGUCAGCUCGAGCCUCGACUACGGCUGCCUGUCCGCCGCCGCGCCGCGGCUGGCGAUGUGGGAGCUGCCUUACGCCGCCCAGCUGGUCCCGCUGGCCUGCCUGUCCGCCUGCCACCCCGUACCCCUCACGCUGCGGGCGUCGUUCGGCCUGCGGGGCGUGGUGUUGGUGGGUGCCCACGUCUUCGUCGGUGGAGAAGCCACCGGCUGGGAUGGCUGGGGAGACGGCCUCCCAGAGGGGGAUGUGGAGGAGCCAGACAUCGAUGAAGCUUCCUGGGAGGACGUCCACACGGCCAAUGCAAACCGCGUGAUGGAGGCCCUGUCCGACCUGCCAGCAGUACGCACCCUCCUCGUGUCCCUCGCGCAAGACGCCACCUGGGGCGAGCAGGCCCUGGCGGACACGUGCGCAGGCGCGCCACGUGCGGCGGCGGCGGCGCGGCUCGCGCGGUGGGCGGCCGCCGGGUGGACGCGGCUGCACUCGCUGACGCUCGACCUCGGGGCGGGCACGCCGCUGCCGGUCGGCGACGCCUUGGCGUGCUUGGCGCCCUGGCUGGGGCCUCAGCUUGCAGCGUUCGACCUCGGGACCGGCUCGGCCUGCCUCCACGACGAGAUGGCGCGCGCGCUGCUGUCGCUGCCGCUGUGGCAGGCGCUGCGCUCGCUGCGCCUGCGCUUCGAGGUGGCCGCGCGGCCGAUUGGGGAGGGGCCGUCUGACAGCAGCAGCGGGCGCGGCGCGGCCGCGGCCGCGGCCGCGGGCGCGGCGGCGCUUGACAGGCAGAUGAUGCUAUGGUCGCUGAGUGACGAGGCUCUGGAGGCACUGGCAGCGCCCCUUGCGCGCCUCCGACCGCCCCUGCUGCAAACCCUGUCUCUUCAGCUGCCAUGCGCGGCGCUCGACGCCGCCGCGGGUGGGCGGCUGACGUGGGGCUGCUGCGAGGCGCUCAUGGCAUCGAAUGCCGGCCACCUGCGCAUAGAGUUUUGCUGA